AUGGAUAACAACAAUAAUAAUAAUAGUAGUAGUGGUGGAAGUAGUAGUAAUAUGCAACUUGAUACAUCUGUAAUGUCAAAUGUAUCAAUGAUGUCUUCGACCACUGCUGAAUCAAUGUUGGUUGCAGAGCUACAUGAACAGAAUAGUAGACGAACAAAUAAUCUGUGUGAGGUUGAUCUUAGAUCGUUCAGCGACUCCUUUGACAUAUGGAGGGAGUUCAACAUUGCCUCGUCGUCCUCCUCCGCCAUGAUCCCUCCACACAUGAACUACCAACUACCCUCACGAUCAGGUGGUUUCUCCUACGCACAUCAGUCACAACAGUCACAACAAUCAAGGAUAAUACUAUGGAGAGUCAAUAACAAUCAGUUGGAGUUGAUGGAGAAGCAUCUUCAUCAUACACUUGAGGACAAUUGUAUAAGGAUCAACUUCCACGUCAAUCUUGUGGGAGACAUUGGUAUCUUUGAGACUGAUAACAAGCAACAUCUUGUGAUCAUGGUGCUCACGACCUCAAAGUCACUCUAUCGUUUCCUCCUACCUCAUCCCCAUGUGAUUGAGAACAACGAUAAGGUUGGAACGAAACGUAAAGGCGACCCAUCAGUUCGCAAACAUAGGAGUAUAUUCAAAUCGUUGCAGGUGACAGAGUUGGAUAAUACAUGGUCACGUACGAGAGCAUUGAUCCCGGAUGCAUUCGAGGUGUCUUCGAUAAAGUAUCACUCGCCAACGCAGAUGGCACUGGGCACGACAAACUCGGGUGCAUGGUGGAUCGAGUUGAGCGAUCUGAGACAGAGUGGCGACAUGAGUGCACGCAAGACAGAGUUGCGCGAGGGUGGAUUCCUCUCGUUCUUGGGCUCCAAGAGCAAUCAGCGCGGCGACGCCGUGGCCGACAUUGGAACGAUCAGUAUCGGUGCGGACAAGUCGCCACUGGUGUUUGUGUUGCAGAAGGACUCCAACAUGCGAGUGUGGUCUCCCGUGGACCGCAUGUGUCUUCAGACAUUCCCCAUCAUCACCGAGUCCUGGAGUCAGUUCCCCAUCGAUUCAUACACAGGCAUUCGCAGGUUCAAGAUCUAUCAACGAGGCAACAAUCAAUCAUCCUUUGUUCUGGUACUCUAUGCAGAGUUGGAGCAAGACUCACAUUUCCAAUUCUUCACUGGCUCAAUUGAGAACACAUUGACAUCAGCAUCAUCAAUCACAAUGCAACUCCAAAGAGUUGUAUUUGUAAAGGCCAAGGGACUCGUGGACUUCCAUCUUCACUAUGAACACCUCUACACACUCUGGCCAUCAAAGGACUACUCCUUCUCAAUGCUCAAGUACAUCCACAUCAGUGAUCUCGAGUCUGACGACUUGAACAUGGAGUUCAAUCGAUUCCAUGAGGGCAAGAUGAUACCAAGAUUGGUGAAGGAGAAGGCAGCGUCAGAGGAAGCAAUCGAGCAUCAUUAUAUUGAACGUCUGUUUAACAGAGGACAGUUUACUAACAGGUCCAUUCAAUCAGCACUCUCAAUCUACAAACCUGGUUACCAAGUCAACUCCACUCCACUAGAGACACAAGUUCAAUCUCUUUUAAGAGACAAGAUUGCCCUGACAUCCAACAACAAGAAGACACCAGUUGAAUUGUUGACAUUUAACGAAUGGAAUGAGUUCUACUCGAUAUGCAUUGAGCAAGUGUCUUUGGAUCUUCAACCUGUCGGCCUAUACAUUGCAACAGAGUCCAACCUAAUCUUUAUAAUCAAGAGAAACAAGUUAUCAUUUAUGAAGCCAAUGACUGCACUUGAGGCUAUUUGUGGACAUGACUCGAACAACCCUCAAUCCAACUUGAUGCCACCAAUGCGACUCAUCAGUCAAUCAAUUAGUGAACAACUGAUCAACGACAUUGACCAACUAUUCAAAUGCUUUGGUCUCAUCUCUGAAUGUUUCAAGAAUGACUACUCAUCAUUGGAGCACUAUUUGCUCAAGUCAACUGUGAACAAUGCAUUGCUGACAGAGAUACACAACUCUGUGUCCAGCGUGAUGGUACAGAAUGAGGAGGGCACCGUGUCAUUGCAGGUCUUUUCAAACAACUUGGCCAACAUCUUUAGAACAAUCAGUAAUCCAAGAGAGGCCAUCAAGUUCCUUUUGAACAGACUGUCUCUUGGUGUGGACAAGACAGACACCACUGCUGACGAGAGCGGUGCGUCAUCGUCAUCAAGUGCACGUGCAUGCAGCGGUGAUAUGUACGCAGAUAUCAUUGUAUCAUCAUUCGCCUCCAGUGUGCGAUUGAGAUAUCAAUUGGCGCGUUCGCUUGCAUUACUCUUGGGCUUCAUCUCCAGACUGCGCACCUACCUCCGCAUCUCAAUCCAGCAGCUCCAAGUCUAUGAACAAGAACUCGUGCCCCUCUGCCACACCCUUCUCAAGUCCUACUUCACAGCCUACUGGUACACCAACCAGGUCUACUAUCCAUCGUCCACCAGUCUGUCAUCACAGCAUUCCCCUCCAUCAGAAGUGGACAUGGGCAAGAUGCACUUGAGCGACAGCAACUCACGCGAUGGACAUAUUCCCAAGACUUCGAUCAUGCACAACUUGAUAAUGACUAAUGAGAAGCAGUUUGUUGGCGGUAAUCACCUCACUUUCUUUGAUAGGAUCGAUCGCCAGCUUCGCCAACUCUACGAGCUCAUUGCCCCAGAGGGCAGUGUGUUCCCCAUGGCCACCUAUCUCGCCGAGAGAGGCCAGUACAAGCAGUUGUCAAUCAUCCUCACCAUGGUGAAGGAGAACCCUUCGUCGAGCAUGGCAGCCUUUUACUACUUGAUGGGCAUGUGCUUCUCACACUUUGGCAAGUACAAGGAGGCCAGUGAGUACUUGGUCAAGUCGUCAGAGUUCAUUGCCAAUGGUAACGUGGACGUUGACAUCCUCAGCAUCGUGGAUCUGCCCGACGAGGAGUUGAUCCCAUCCAUCUUUUUCGAUCGCUCACAAGCCGAUGAGGAUGUUGCCAACAGGUAUCUCGACGUCAAGCACCUCUCCAAGUACCUCCUCAAAUGUUCCAAAAUCUUUGAACUGCGCAAUCAGUUUGAGUACGUCAUCCACUACUCACUCCUCGCUGUCAUGUGUCUGACAGACAGUCCAGAGGCCAAGAACAACCUUGAGAUCAGAUCAAAGAUUUCAUCACUCUACGCCACGAUAUUCAAGUACUCUUUGAAGAUAUCACAGUAUGAGGUGGCACACUUUGCUAUUGUGGCCAAUCCUGACCAGGAGGGCGCAUCAGAUUGUCUCAAUAGACUGGUGGUCUCACUGUGCGAGAAUAACAAGGUGGCCUUACUUUGCUCCCUUCCAUUCACAGGCGUCUACCAUGAUGUCGAGGAGCUGUUGCUCCUAAAGGCCAAGAGCCAAGACCUCACCCUGGCACCAGACUACUACUCAAUACUCUACACAUUGCACAUGAGCAGGAACAAUUAUCGACGUGCGGCCAUCGUCAUCUAUGAGAAGGCACAGAGAGUGUUGAUCGAGUCGCAUCCAAGCAUUAGAAAGGGCAGCUUUGACAUUGAGACCCUGUUCAAGGUCAAGAUGGACUACUUGGCAUUGGCCAUCAAUGCCCUCAGCCUUCUCCCAGACGACAAGAACCAGUGGAUCCCUGUCGAUGUCUCCAACUUUACCGAGAGACGAUCAAAGAGAAAGCUUGGCAGUCUCUCUUCACCUCAACAGAAACAGUCCAGCAGCAGCGCACUGACCGACUCAUCGUCGUCCCCACCCAUUGGCUCAUCCUCAAUAUCUGGACCAAUGGAGCUCUCAUUGAAUGACAGCCAGCUGCUGAUGAGCAGCGAGAGCAACACUGCGAUCAAGAUUGUCUGGCUCACCGACCUCAGGAAGGAGUACAUCUUCUACCAAUCGUGCCACAUUCUUCGCCGAUUCGACUCAUCCAUUAGCGACCAUCUCUCUCCCAAACAACUGCUGGUCGAGCUACUCAAGCAUGGACUCAUCGAGACCGCAUUCUCACUGGCCCUCAUCAAUGACAUUGACCUUGGCAUCAUCUUCCAGGCGUUCGCCAUCAAGUGCGUCGAGUUCCAGCUCAACCCCUCGGUCAAUCCAUUCGCCAAUCAAUGUUCGUUGGAGACCACACAGUUCCAGUUCUUCAAUGACAAUGUUAGGAUUGCUUGGAAGCUCCUCGAGAACUAUCUACAACAAUAUGACACGAACGAGAACAAGGAGUGUGUCACUCCAUCGCAACUCCACAAGACCUUCUCCUCUGGCAGUGACAGCAACAAUGCCAACACGGUCAAGAUGUACGGUGUGAUUGUGAAAGAGAGCAUCAAGUCAUUGCCUGAUGGCGGCACGAUGUUCAGAGUGUCGGACACCAAUCAGUUCUUCUUUGACGUGAUAUACAACAAGAGGAUGCCACCAUUCACCAAGGAGGGCUAUCCAGUCAUUGUUGAGGGUGCCAUGCAGGAGGAUGGCACAGUGUUCAAGGCCAUCAGAGUGCUCUGCAAGAAUGGUCAGUCAAGAUAUCACGAGCUUGUCGUCGAGACCAUCCUAUCCUUUGCCGAUAACAAUGAACGAGUGGACAUUCCCAACUGGCUACGUCAAUGGUUCAAGAACGGUCGUGAGGAGUACCUAUUCAAGCUCUACUUUAGAUAUGGAAGGAUUGAAGAAGCUGUACAAAUACUUCUGGACAUGCUAGUGGCUACCAAUAAUGAUGUUGAACAGAAGCAAUCAAUGAUGUCUGUCAAUCUACCUUACAACACUAUUGAUCAGUUCUUGAUGGAGAUGGACAAGAUACUAGCGAGUGGCGUUCUCGAGGAGAAGGCCAAGCAAAAGUUGGCCAACUACAACCGACAGAUAAGAUCACAUCUUGACAAGUACUUCCAGAGAAUAAAGUAA